CUAUUUCUUCCCUCAGCUGAUUGUGACGUCAUGUGCUCAGCUCGGACCGAGCAUCGAGACGCAGCAGGCCCGAAGAACCGCGAGUGUCCGCCGGGUUGUGGUCGGCGGGAGUACCGAGAGGCCGGUGUUGGUAGUGAGGGGCGGCGGGGGACAUUUAGGGAGGAGACCCCGCCAUUACAGUGUCGACACACGGUUCCCUCCCAGGAGACAUGGUGGAUUACUACACCGUCUUGGGAGUUUCCAGAACGUCCACUCAGGAUGACAUCAAGAAGGCCUACAGGAAGCUGGCACUGAAGUGGCAUCCUGACAAGAAUCCCGACAACAAGGAGGAAGCAGAGAAGAAGUUCAAGGAAGUGGCGGAGGCGUACGAAGUUCUCUCCGACCAGAGCAAACGUGAGGCCUACGACCGAUACGGGAGUGACAGGAUGACACACUCAGGCUCGUACGGCUCAGACUUCUCUCCAGACUUCCCAGGGUUCAACUUCACAUUCCGCAGCCCCGAUGAGGUUUUCCGAGAGUUCUUUGGUGGCCAGGAUCCCUUUGCCAGUUUCUUCGAUGACUUCCCGCCCUUCGGGGGCCCGUCGUCCCGCAUGGCGCCCAAUCGCUUCUUCUCCUUCCCUUCAGCAGGAGCCGAAUUCACCUCCAUGGGGGCCUUCCCCAACAUGGGGGGAGGCAACUUCAAGUCCGUGUCCACGUCCACGCGCAUCGUCAACGGCAAGCGCACCACCACCAAGAAGAUUAAGGAGAACGGCCAGGAAAGAACGGAGAUGGAGGAAGAUGGCGUCCUCAAGGCUGUGCUGAUUAACGGUGUGGAGGACGACCUGGCUCUCGCUCUGGAGCUCAGCAAGCGAGACGGCCGCCAGCAUCAGGCGUCCUCAAUCCAGGGCCGGUCGCCGCUGGACGCCGGGAGGACCUGGUCCGAGCCGCAUUCUGCCGGCGCGCAGCGCUCCUUUAGCUCCGCCCCCUUCUACCACUACGGCAGCCAGCGAGACGAGGACGACGAAGACCUGCAGAUGGCGUUGGCGUGCAGCCUGUCAGAAAUGGAGGCCCAGCAGAGAAGCGCUGCUCCCGACCUCAUAUCAGACUCCGACUUUAAGGCCUUCACCAGCUGACCUGACGCUCACCUUUCACCUGGGUCAGAGGUCAGUACCCAUGAUGCACGGUGUCAGACAGCAGUGUAGUGUUCAUGUCUGGGAAGGCGAGGACAGGACUUUCAAACAUCUCUGAAUCUUAUUUUGUGAGAGAAAACAGAAGCUUGUACAGGCUGUGAGAAAAAUGGUCCACUAGUAAGAGAAGUUAUUGUAACUGCAGGGAAAUAAAGUAUUUCCUUCAGACUUG